UCAUGCGUUGAUUCGUUUUUCCUUGACAUCUCUGAUUUUUGGUGUAGCACGAACGAAGCCUAAUUAAAAGUCAACGAAUAAAAAAAAAAUGAGGAAGAUGAUCAACUUCUCAGCCAUUAAUAUCCUCGUAUUGAUCUUAUUGGUUUCCACAGGAUUGAUGGAGCAAGGAGAAGCGCAAGCUCAAGGAUGUGAGUGGGAGUGCAAGCAUCUACCAAACUUCCCGUGUUGGUUAAAGGAUGCAGGAGAACGCCUUUACCACGACUUGUGCAAGUACGAAGGAGCCAUUGGCGGCUUUUGUGUCUCUGACCCCCACCGCUGCCUCUGUCGCAAGCCCGGCUGCUCCUGAUUUUAAUUUAAUUAAUUUACCCUCUUUUCCUCAUAUUCAAGCAGCCGUUUUACACGCAAAGAAUAAAAGAAUAUUCAUAUAUAUAAUGUGGUUGUGAUCGAGUACUAUAUGGAUUGUGCUAUAUAAUAAAUACGAUGGUGUACUGUGUAACCCAAUGUAUAACAUACACAUCGUUCAUUUUGUUGGA